ACGAUAAUCAUGCCCUAAUGAGUUGUGUGAUAGGUUCUUAACGCCAAGUCUUGAGUUAUAUAACAAGACUAACAAGUCAUCUUCUAUACAAAGGGAGAGAAAAAUAUUUUGGAGGAACAAUGGCAACAACAAGACAGAUCGUGGAACAGCCACAAUCGCCACUUAUUCAACGCAUCAAGAGCUCGGGGACCAUAAGCAUCAAUGGAAGCCCUAUGAAUGAUGACAAAGAAGAGGAGUUUUCACGCUCUUCUUUGGCUUUGUUUAAGGCAAAAGAAGAUGAAAUUGAGAGGAGGAAGAUGGAGGUUAGGGAUAGAGUCCAGUCAAAGCUUGGACUCGCUGAGGAAGCUACUAGGAGACUAGCCGAUAUUCGGGAAGAGCUGGAAUCUCUAACCGAUCCAAUGCGAAAGGAGAUAUCUGCGAUAAGGAAAAGAGUCGAUGCUAUUAACCGGGAACUCAAGCCUUUAGGACAGAGCUGUCAGAAAAAGGAGAAGGAAUUCAAAGAAGCACUUGAAGCUUACAAUGACAAGAACAAAGAGAAAGCUAUGUUUGUUAGCAAGUUAGUUGAGCUUGUUACUGAAAGUGAGAAACUGCGAAUGACAAAGCUUGAGGAACUCAGCAAAAGCAUUGACAUUUCGUUACACUAAUUAACACCAAGAUGAUGACAAUUAAAGGUUUCAAGAAAUCAGCCAGCUUUGCUACUUACUUCUGCACUUUUCUAAUUGUUUUGCUUGUCUUUGUGAUGAUGUCUUAUUUCUUGAUUUAGCAGAGAAGUAUAUUCAAACAUUGUAAGUCUACAACGUCAGCAAUAGAAUAUACUAAUGAUAACUUCAUAAAUAUGCCUCCCUCAUGUCUCUUUGCCUUAUUUAGGUUUUCAAUUGUUUUCUGUGUUGGCAAUGUCUUUUGCUACUUUGCUAAGACCUUGAAGCCACUACUUGUCUGUAUCGUCUUCAUCAUCAGGCAGGCAGAUACAAUCUUGGAGGGAUGAGCUCUAUGAACUUAUCUAAAGAUUCAGAAUGCCCAAGAAUCAUCACGGGAUUCAUAAUGAAAAAUGGAGUGAUCUGAUUUAAGAUCAAGAUUCAUUUUUAAUGUAGCCAAAAACCAAUCACAAUCAGAAUAAUCCCUUUUCAAAAAAAAAAAUUACAAGAAUAGACAGUUAAGAAAUUAUCCAUCCUGAAAAUAGAUAUUCAAAGUUAAAUAAAUCUUACUGCAAGAAGAACCCUAACCAACCAAGUUGCUUUGUCUAGCGGUAUAGGAGCUCCAGCUGGAGUGCCCGCCCCUGGGUUCGAGCCUUGGCCACUGCGGAAUUUACAUGUGGGCUGCAGCACCCGA